AUGGCAUUAUACACACCUCCUGAAAAGUCAGAUAAUUCAGGUCAAGCAUCAACCAGUACUAAGAAAGGUAAUGAAGGUGAUGAUUUAGAUGAUUCAAAAAGAUUUUUUGUACGGCCUAGUAUUGGUCUUAAGAUGUGGGGACCUUUGGUUCCAGCUUCUGACAAUCGAGCUGGGUUAUGGACGUUAAUCGGUUUGCAGACUGGUAUUGGCGUUCUCUGUAUGAUAAGAUUUAGACAAUUGCGCAAAUUAAAUACUAUCUCUAAGAAUGUAAUUAAAAAAGAUAUCGCUGAAAUUCCUAGUUUGAAUAGGUUUUCACAAAGUCAUGGUACUGUCUAUGUUCCAAAGCCUAUGAUGGAGAUGUCAGGCAACACUGCUGCCUCUCCUAAUUCUGCAGCAAUUUCGAAUAGUGGUGCAACUACUAUAAGCAACAUUGAAACUCAAAAUAUUUCAAAUAAUAAUUCUAAUACAAUUGACACUGGUAGUAAUGAUAGUAAUAAUAAGAAUAAUAAUAUAGCAGCCUCUAAUGCUGAAACUAAUACUAAUUCGCCUGCUAUGGCUGCUUCAACAACUUUACCAAUAAAUACAGCAGCAUAUAGCUCAUUGAAUGUCGUUUCACAAGGUUUAAAUAACAAGGGUUUUCAAGGAUCUGAAGGCAAAUGGAGAUAUUCAUCUUCAAGAUCUUCAAGAUUUGGGAAUUUUAAAAGCUUUAUGUUCUUUUUAGCUGGUUCGGUGGUUUUAUUUCAGUCAUUUCUUGAAGCAGCUAGAAUGACUCUUCUUAAAUAUGAUCCUUGGAGAGAAGAAGCUAAAAGUGUACGUGAGAAGAAAUUUUUUAAUGAUAUUAUCCUAUUUUAUCAUGAAGGUAUAGAUCCCACCAAGAUUAAGGUCAAAGAUGCAGCUAGUGGCAAUGCCCUAUCAACAAAUAUUCCACAAGUUAAACAAAGUGUCGCUCUGGUAAGGGCGCAGGCGGAAGCUGAAAAUCCAAUAAUUAAAUGGUAUGGUCCAUUGGAUUAUAAACCAAUGUCCUUUAAUGAUUUCCUAGAUAGACUGGAGUUUCAGUUAGAUAUGAGGGUGUCGCUAGAUAAUAGACGUUCAACUGCGGUAUCAAAGAGUUUCACAUCUCAAUUUAAACACACAGAGGAAGAAUUGGAUUCCUUGAUAAAUAAUAAUGAGAAGAAUAGGCAGUUAACUCUAGAAGGUAAACUCAGCCCACCAAAGAAUAAUAGUGUUCCAGAAUUCGAUGUCAUUAAAGAAAAUACAAAAGAUGGAACUAUACCAUUGCGUGGAAUUGUUUUCCAGCAUGAACAAACUUCACCUGAUGAUAUAGAUUUAGAAGAAACAUGGUCAUUAUAUAACCCAUGGAUGAACCUUGCAUUGGAUACUUCUUUAAGUAUCAAGUUUUUGCCUACUGUAAUGACCCAAGAUGAGAUUGAAGGAAAUUCAAAUGAUACCAAAAACAAUGAAAACAUACAGAACAUCAAAAAUAAUGAUGACGACGAUCUAGACACACACGACACGUCAAAAAAUAGCUCCUCCUCAUCGUCGUCAUCAGCAACAGAAGAACCUGAAACGACUCAACCAUAA